AUGAGAAACGCGUUUUUCAUUCUUCUCGGAAUCGUGUACGGGCAAUUCGGCGCGAGCCAAGAAGAAUUGGAUCUGUUCGAUCUUGUUGAGGACGUCAACGCUAAUUUCUACGAUUUUCUUGGUGUAGAACAGACCGCUACUACGAAAGAAAUCAAGUCUAAAUACCGCAAAUUGUCUCUGACAUGGCAUCCGGACAAGAACUCUACCGAGGGAGCGACGGAGAAUUUCCGCAAGCUGGCCCAAAUCGUCGAAGUGCUGAAGAACGAGGAAUUGCGGGAGCGUUACAACCGAGUUCUAGUUGAAGGCCUCCCUAAUUGGAAAUCAGCCGCAUUCUACAUGCGUAAAAUGCGAAAGAUGUCGAUGCUCGAAAUUUCUAUCUUGCUAACUAGCAUUGCCACGAUUAUUCAUUAUUGCACCAUGUGGGGAAGUUACUGGGAGAAGAAAAUGAUCCUGGCGGACCAAAUCGACGCCGUAUCGAAACGCAAAAAGCAAAAAGACGCGGUGAAACAUCUGGAGCAAGCGCAUUCUUCAAUUCCGUACCCAUCGCUGGGAAAUUUGCUGCCGUUUUUGAUGCUCCGAGGAACGGUGGCUUUUUUCAAGGCAAUUCCAGAGGCGAUCAAGACUGCUCGUGACCUCAAAGCGCAAGAGGCUGCACGCGUCCUAGCUGAGAAAGAAGCUCUUGAAAAUGAGAAAAAAGAAAUCGCAGAGGAAAAAGUGCGACGCGAAAAGGCGAAAAAAGAACGUCUGGAAAAAGAAAAGAAGAGAAAGGCGGUUGAGAUGGAGCGUCGAGCUCAGCAACUCAAAGAAAUCCAAGAGCUGCAGGCGCGGAGGAAAGAGGAAGAAGAGGAUGAUUAUGAUGAGUUGGAAGAGGAUCUCUACGGAGACUCGACUAAAAAAAGAAAAAGCGACGGGCCGCGCCCUUGGACGGAGGAAGAUAUGGUCACUCUGACGAGAUUGCUUGCUAAGUUUCCCGGGGGAACUUCUAAUAGAUGGGACAGAAUCGCUGACGAAAUGGACAGAACAGUUCCGGAAAUCACGAAAAAGACCAAAGAAGCGCAGAAAAAGAUGCAUCAGUACACUUCUGGCGCGAGCAUGUACAGUAGCUCUACAGUAGUUACCCAAAGAAAAGGCAAGUCUGAAGAGACGAACAAAGAGGAAAAGCCAGAAGUAAAUGAGUGGAGUCAAACGCAGCAGAAACUCCUAGAAGUCGCGCUGAAAAAGUUCGGAAAAGACGAGGAAAAUCGAUGGGAUAAAAUCGCCGAGACAGUUGAGGGGAAAACGAAGAGGCAAUGCAUGCUUAGAUACAAAUUUAUAGCUCAACAAGUAAAGACCCAAAAAGUCCAGUAA